AUGUCUGGAAGCGCAGGCUACGACCGACACAUUACCAUCUUCUCCGACCAGGGUCGUCUGUACCAAGUCGAAUAUGCAUUCAAGGCCAUUACUGCGGCGAACAUCACGUCGAUCGGAGUGAGGGGCAAGGACUGCGCCGUUGUCCUGACCCAGAAGAAGGUCCCCGAUAAGCUCAUUGAGCCCUCGUCCGUCUCGUACGUCUUCAAGAUCUCGCCUUCGGUCGGUUGCGUCAUGACGGGCUCCAUCGCCGAUGCCCGGGCAUCGGUCAUCCGCGCGCAGGGCGAGGCGGCUGAGUUCCGCUACAAGUAUGGCUACGAGAUGCCCUGCGACGUGCUUGCUAAGCGGAUAGCAAACAUCAGCCAGGUCUACACUCAGAAGGCUUACAUGCGACCGCUCGGAGUCGCUAUGACGCUGAUCUCGGUGGACUCGGAAUUUGGUCCUCAGCUGUACAAGUGCGACCCCGCAGGCUACUACGUGGGCUACAAGGCAACGGCAUCCGGCCCGAAGACGCAGGAGGCGCUGAACUUCCUCGAGAAGAAGCUGAAGAACCGCGAGGCAGCCGAGGGCGACUGGAAGGAGGUGGUGGAGCUGGGCAUUUCGACGCUAAGCCAGGUGCUGAGCGUCGACUUCAAGAAGGGCGAGCUGGAGAUCGGAAUCGUGGGUGGCCCACGGGCUGACGGGCAGGCGGGAACCGACCCCGAGUUCCGCGUGCUCAGCGAGGACGAGAUCGAUGAGCGGUUACAGGCGAUUGCGGACAAGGACUGA